AUGGCCGCCGCCUCCGACUCUCAAUUCCACGACGCACCGGCGGUCAUUGCCUGGCUGCGGGAAAACUACAAGCUCGGGAAGCAGGGCCACAUGGAAAAGGCCGGCGUGUACCAACACUACAACGACGCCUGCGCCGAGCGCAACUGCCGCAGCGUGAUGUCGCCCACCUACUUCGGCAAGCUGGUGAAGCGGGCGUUCCCCGGCAUCAAGGACGUGCGGAAGGGUCCGCGCGGGAAUGUGAAGCAGUGCUACGCCCUCCUCAAGAAGCGCAACCUGGCCAAGGAGGAGAAGCUCCGGCUGGCCGAACGCCUCCACAACCUCAUCGAACUCCCCGACCACGCGCGGCCCGCCUCCGCCCCCUACCCGCCGCACCACCUGGCCGAAUGGGGUGCCGCCGCCACCGCCACGAGCACCACCACCACGAGCACCACCAUGAAGACGGAGGAGGACGCCGUCUACCUCCACCACCACCACCACCUCUUCCAGCAGCAGCAGCAGCAUCAGCAGCAGCAUCAGCAGCAGCACCCGCAGCAGCACCCGUCGGCCUAUCCGCACGAGCUGCCUCUCCCGCAGCACCAGCAGUGGCGGCGCAGCCCCGAGGCGUGGGCUCCGGCCAUCCCGGCCCUCCCCCACCAUCAGCAUCAGCACCACCACCACCACCGCCAGCAGGCCCUGCGAGCGGCCUCGCCGCCCGAAAUGGAGAAGAGGAGGACACGAUCGCCGCACAAGACAGAACACCAAAGCAGCGACAGCGACGAAGAGGACGACGAAGAGGACGAUCACCGGGACUCGGACGACGGGAGGGAGGCCGGCGAGGAUGAGGAGAUCCUCUCGUCGCCCAUGGGCUGGUCCUCGUCGCCCUCCUCGGCGGCGGUGGCGGCGGCCUCGUCGUCCGGUGAUCUGCCCGGAGGCCUCCGCCGGCCUUCGCCGGUGGCCGGAGGCGUGGGCGGAAUGUCCAUUUCCCUCUCCAUGUCGAUGCCCGUCAUGGGCGCCUGGAGCGGGCAGCUGCCGCCGCCCGCUGCCAACUAUCUCCACCACCACCCAAUGCCGAUGCCGAUGACUGCCGGACACAGCAUGUACCCGCCUCCGCCGCCCCAUUACCACCACCAGCAGCACCAGCAGCAGCAGCACCAGCAGCAGCACCAGCAGGGGCACUCCUCCCUGCUCCACGCGUACCCGCCGCUGUCUUCGUCACCACCCUACGCCUCUCCGCCCGGCAGCGGACCCGCUCCGCCGCUGUCGCUGGCGCGCACCUUCCGUCACGACCCGCCUCCCCAGCAGCAGCAGAACCACCACCACCACCACCCCUACAACCACCACCUUCAGCUUCAGCAGCAGACGUCGCCGCGCCAGGCCCCACCCCUCCUCCACCGCCUCCUCCACCAUUUCGUCUUCAUCAUCAUCAUCGUCAUCAUCUUCAUCGUCGUCGUCGUCACCUUCGCCGAUGGCGGUGUGCGCGCAUUGCCCGCUCCCGCACUCUCCCUCGAUGCCGUGUCCGUCGGCCUCCUCCUCGCCGCGCACACACCGAAGUUCCGAGCCGCCCGCUGGUUUGCUACUCCUCGAGGAGUGAUCCCCACCCUGAGCCGUGGGGGCAACGGUUGA